CUGUGUCGCCAUGCGUCUUAUCACCAUCUUCCUCCUCCUGCUGCUCCUCUGGUCAGCUGAACCUCGGAGAGGCCUCGGGUCAAAGGUUACAGAGAGGAGCGCCAGGGGUCGCGUACGAGGCCGAGGCCGGGCCGGGGUCACAAGGCGUCAAACUCAGGAAUGUAAGGAGUACGUGGAGGGAGGGGAGAAGUUCCUGGACUGCCAGGAUAGGCAGCUGACCUCUGUGAUGCAGGACUGGCCCAAAGAUGUUCACCACCUCCUGCUGGCAAGAAAUAAAAUUCAGAUCUAAAUCACAUCCCUCCUGAACUGCCACCGGAAAUAGUGAAGAUAAAUCUGUCCAAUAACAGCAUCAAACAUCUCAGGCCAAAACAGUUCCUGCUGUCCAAAGACCUCAAGUUGCUCAACCUCAGCAGCAACAACCUGCAACAGAUAGACACAGCUGCUUUUGCAGGCUUGUUGUACCUGCGAGAGCUUGAUUUGUCCAACAACAGCCUCCAUUACUUCCAGUACGGCGUCUUGGAAGACCUGUACUUCUUACGGAAACUUGUGCUGGGGAACAACCGCUGGAUCUGCGACUACAACAUCCACUACCUGAUCUACUGGCUCAAGCACCACCCCGACGUGCGUUACACUGGCCUGAUCUGCUCGGAGCCGCGCGAGUUCAGAGGCUGGCGAGUUGAGGACUACGUCAAAACCUACAACGGGGAGUGUCCUGUGGAUAAAUACCCAGACGGGAACAACACUGAACAGGGAGCACAAGGAGGUUCAGACAACGAGGCAGGGGAGGUGACAGGGGAGACGGGUGAGGGACAGGGUCUUCCACAGCCCCUGAAAGAGAAGGAGCCCAACACAUUUGAGAUCAUCAGGCUGAGUUAGAAUGGAUCAGCCGACUGAUGCGGUUUAAGAAGAAAUUUACACAAAAGAUUUGACAUGGAAGUCUACUCAUAUUUUAAAGGUUAACUAAGUGAUUUGAUGUUUAGAAAACAUAAUGUGAAUUACAUUUUUUGGGGGGGGAGAAACACCUAUUAUCAACAUUUCCAGCUUAUUUGGGCGUUUAAAAAGUUGGGUUGAAAGAUUAACAUUUCCCUCAAAGUUCAUUUGGUGCAAUGUUACCUUGAGUAGUUUACCUUCACAGGGAUAGUUUUGCCAUUUAUGAAGUGAUGUUCUGUCAUAUAGUUUGUAGUAGUUAGUAUUUUAUCUUAUAGGUCCUCAAUGGUUAUGAGCCUAGCCUGGACAAAGUCUUCUGUGCCUUUCUCUGUAUUCUGGGACUGAUGUCCUAGCUGAUACGAUAUUGACUAAAGAUAAACAGAAUAUCACUUCAAAAUUGAUCAGACUAUCCUUUCAUGCAAAAGAGCAGGAGAUUAUAACUUAUUUAUCUUUAGCCAUUCCACUCUGUUUCAUGAACAAACCUCUGGUGUCCCAUCAGAAGACAAUAUUUCAAAUAUCUACACAAUCAUUUGCAGGUGCUUUUUCUUGACCAUUACAGUACGCGUUGAUUCAGGAAAUAUGUGCUAAAAGGUACUUUUGGAGCUUUAUUACAUUAAUGUAUGGUGUUGUCUGCCAGUUUUCUGGAAAUAAAAUUGUUUUUGUUUUUUUUUCCUGAAUGAAUGUGUUGGAAAGUUGGACACCUGAUUUAAAAACUAAAUAUUGAAGAUGAGCAUACGAUCCGACCUUUCAGUUUUGAAUAAUGACAGGAAACAGAUAUUUUCCUGAGAUUUUGAUCACAUCUGACUGUUACUGAUCAGUAAAACAUGUUGCUUGUUCAUAGUAAUCUAAUUUAAUCAAGUGAUGCUUAUAGGAACAUUAAGUCUUAAGGCUCAGUCCACCUCCUUACACCUUCAGCUGGCCUUUGGUUGCAUUUCAGACAGUUAAUUACUUGUUCUAAGUCGACAUAUUAAUCAAAUGCAGAAUUAGACGGAAUAAAAUGCUUUAACAGCUUACAGAUCAUACUGUGGAUCUUUUAUCUAUACAGUCCAAGUUCUGUCUAAUAAAAUCAGGAUACAGCGAUGCAGAAUGGUCAAAUCUUUGUCAGAACGAUUGAUUACUUCAUGACUUCAAGGCUUAAGUUUCACUACAGUCUGCUAUUUUGGCAUCUGACACAAGGAAACAUAAUAUCCUAGACUUGCUGGUUUGACUUUUUAUGUCUCCUAGCCUGCAUGUAAAUUGAGUUAACAAUUUCUGCUCAAGCACACACAAACACACACAUGUUUCAAAUCAUCCUGUAAGACAAUGAGCAUCCAACCUGCAGUUAUGGACCAUGUGUUGCAGCGGAGUGCCAUCUACUGGACUUGGAAGGAUUUAAGGAUGUUUGCUCCAGUUUUGUGAUACAA